UUUUUUUUUAAGUUAAGAUCUAACAUGUGGCAGAUUCUGAUUGGACAAGGAAAAAGUAAAGAAUGAUGAAAAAAAAAUUGGGAAUGUUUCUUUUUCGUCUGUCUCUUUCUCUUUCUCUCUCGCAUGCAACUGCAGAUGCGAUUCCGAUACUUCGUCUCUUCUCAAACUGCUCCAAAGAUGCAAAAAUUCUCUGUGUUUUGAUUUGUUGAUAAAAUUUCUGGGUAACACCAAGCUUUGGGUUUUGAGAAUAUGGAGACCUAGUCGAUGAGCCAGCGAAGGAAGGUGGUUCGGGUUCAAAAGGAUGCAAAAGCUCCGACGCGAGCGGCCCAAACGCCCAAAUUGGAGAAAUCAAGGAAAAAUUGCAAUCGGCCUCUUCAGCCACACCGCCACACACUGUGGCCAUCAGAUCGCCGAAAUCUAAAUUCCUGGCAAAUGUUUUUACGUUUUUUUGUGCUUAUUUCAUUUUUGAUUUCCCGUCCUUCUUCUUCGGCCAUGGGAGUAUUGUCUCUCUCAUGGCUCUCCAUCAUUGUCUGAUUAGUGUUUCCUUCGAUACCCAAUUUCGCAUUCGAUUUCUCGACUUUUUUUCGAGGCAAAUCAGAAAAUUGUUUCUUUUGGUUUGUUUGUUAGGGUAAAAGAGCACUCGAUCUAGUGUAAAGAGCUAAAUAUGAAUGUCAUCUGAUAAAUGAGCACCCGAUCUUGAGAAUUUGGCUUUCAAAAUCAUACAUUGUUAUAGCUUAUCUUGAUAUAUGGUCUCGUGGGAUGUGUGUGGGAUACAAGAGUAUAUUUGCUCCUAUAAAUUUGUUUGAAUCUACGCAUUUUGUAGUUGAGUAAGUCCUGGAAUGUUUGCAAAUAAAGCAAUUGCAAUUUAAUUACGUUAUCUAGCGGUUUCACGGAGAUUCUGUCUCUAACCAGGUGUGUUAGCUCCAUGAUAGAAACUUUCCAGAUAAAUGUGGAUGUCUAGAUUCAGUCAUUAGAGAGUCAUGAAGCCGAAAGCAGCGUGGGAACUUGAAUACCACAGAGUGUUCGUGGAAAUUUCCUUUGCAAAAGUGGUUUAUGGUCUUUGUCACUUUAUCAGCAACUCACAUUCUAAGACCUAUAUCAUUCUCACGAAAAGGUUUUUGAAAUUGUUUAAAAUCGUAUUUGGCAGUGGAAUCUCAACAGUUCAUGCUAUUUUUAUCUCGGCUAUGUCGCUGUACUUUGUCUUCUGGUCCGACCACUUUUCGGAUAGGUGGCACAACGAUCUUGUUGUUUUCAGGAGCUCACGGCUUUCCUCUCUUGGUUUAGGAUUAUCUAUUGGCUACUUCAUUGCUGAACAUGGGAUGAUCUUCUGGAAAUAUCCUUCUCUGGGUGGACUUGAGUAUGUAAGUAUCUAUUGGAUACUUCAUUGCUGAUUUCUCCCCAAAGAUAUGCAAAAUCCUCCCAAAUAUUCGGCUUGUUGAUGUUUUCACUUCCUGUAUAUCUAUUCGUAAACCUCUACACCGCUCAAUGGUAUCAAUGCAUAAAGAUAACUAAUGCUGAAGCUAAGAUGGAGAAUUUGUUGAGAAAUAAACUUGAUUUUGGAUCAAGUUAUAAUAAUUGGGCCAAAACCCAAUUAUACUUAAUCCAAAGUUCUAGAGUGUUCUCUAGAAAAAUCAAUACUUCCACCUCUUUAAAUGUUCUAGAAAAUUAUAGAAAAUAAAUAUCUAGAGAAAUCUCUAGAUAAUUGUAACAAAAUAAUCUAGAUAAUAUGGUAGAACCCUCUAGAUUUAGGAUUAAAAUAUUUUAGAUAUUUUGUACUUUGAAGACUAUAAAUAGCCAUCUCCUCUCUCAUGUGUAA